CAUGACAUUGUGGAUUUAUAUACAUUAUCUUUCAGUUCAUUGGAAUAUUAUGAUUGUGCUUCGGUGAAUGCACGUUGUCAGCGUAUCUGCGAUCAAUGGGAUCGAUUGGGAGCGCUAACACAGCAUCGACGACAGGGUCUGGAUGAAGCAGAACGCAUUCUGGAAAAGAUAGAUCUAUUACAUCUGGAGUUCGCAAAACGUGCCGCACCAUUUAAUAAUUGGUUGGAUGGCGCCCGCGAAGAUCUCGUGGACAUGUUUAUCGUGCAUACAAUGGAAGAAAUUCAAGGGCUUAUUCAAGCUCAUGAUCAGUUCAAGGCAACUCUUGGAGAGGCGGAUAAAGAGUUCAACGUUAUCGUUGGAUUGGUAAGUGACGCUGACUCUAUCGUCAAGCAAGAACAUGUGCCCGGUGGAUUGAUAAAUCCUUACUCUACUUUAACGGCUGAAACUAUCAGCAGAAAAUGGUCGGAAGUCCGCGCACUAGUACCGCAACGAGAUCAAACUUUAGCCAACGAAUUACGCAAGCAGCAAAACAAUGAAAUGUUGCGCAGACAGUUUGCCGAAAAGGCCAACACUGUCGGACCGUGGAUUGAGCGCCAAAUGGAUGCAGUUUCAGCUAUUGGAAUGGGUAUAUCUGGUUCACUCGAAGAGCAACUUCAUUGUUUGAAGGAAUACGAACAAGCUGUUUACGCGUAUAAGCCAAGUAUCGAAGAGUUAGAAAAAAUUCACCAAUCUGUACAAGAGUCGAUGAUCUUUGAGAAUCGUUACACACACUAUACUAUGGAAACACUCCGUGUUGGUUGGGAACAACUAUUAACUUCAAUAAACAGAAAUAUAAAUGAGGUAGAAAAUCAGAUACUCACACGAGAUUCCAAAGGAAUUACACAGGAGCAACUCACAGAAUUCCGAUCAAGUUUUAACCAUUUCGACAAAAAUCGGACUGGUCGUCUGGCGCCUGAGGAAUAUAAAUCAUGCUUAGUAUCCCUUGGAUAUUCCAUUGGAAAAGACAAACAAGGUGAUUUGGACUUUCAGCGUAUUCUGGCUGUAGUCGAUCCAAACAACUCUGGAUACGUUCAAUUUGAUGCGUUCCUAGAUUUUAUGACGAGAGAAAGUACCGAUACUGAUACUGCAGAACAAGUGAUUGAUUCUUUCAGAAUUUUAGCUUCAGACAAGCCGUACAUUUUGCCCGAUGAAUUGCGCCGUGAAUUGCCACCAGAUCAAGCAGAAUAUUGUAUUCAAAGAAUGCCACCUUAUAAAGGACUUAACGGUAUAACUGGAGCACUUGAUUACAUGUCAUUCAGUACCGCCUUGUAUGGAGAAAGUGAUUUGUAGGAAAAGUGGCAUUCAGUAGAAAGAUAUUUAGGUAUUGAACGAUACGAUCAAAUCAAGUAGUGGGUUACAUGCCAUAUAUUGUGUUUUUUAAAAGAUGCAGAUCAUUAUUAUUAUUCCAAAUCCUCUGUGGAAUUUCUUCUGCCAAAGUGUCGCUUAUUGUGUUAAUGUGUUGUUGCUCUGGAUCGAAAUUUUUUCCAUGAUUUUAUUUUUCUUAAGAGCGUAUCAAGUAACUUAUCUAAACAACGCCAUAAAAAUACAAAACCAGAUUGAUUGGAAAGAUUAUAGAAAAGGUAACGCAGCGAUACGUGUGAAUCAGAAAAAAAUAUAUUAAAACCUAAUAUUUA